GCACUUGCAGCUGAGCAGCGCUCUGGACAGGACGAUCUCCCCCUCCUCCUCCUCUCCCUUUUUCUCUGUGUGUGGUGCUGCUGAGGGGUGCACCUACAGUCGCAUCUGACUCCAGCGAAGAGGGUCCCGGGCGUACGGACUCCUGACGGUGCGGACUCAUUGAUAAAAAUCCGCGCCGCUGGGAUUAAAAUGAGCACUCCUGCUGCGCGGUUCUCCUCCUCCUCCUCCUCUUCUUCCUCUCCUUCCACAUAGCGCUGCUUUCUCUGCACAAGAUCUGUUUUUUAUGAGACUCCAGCAGGCGACGCAGGAUGACUACUACCUUAUCGCUGGUGAUUUUGUGCGCUUUGGUGAGUAAUCUGUGCUGUAACUCGUGCGUGCUUGCUGUGAUACUCCUACACUGUGGAAAACUGUAGUUUUUUAAAUUUCAUGCAUAAAUUUUCUGCCUUUAUGAUCCUGCUUUGGCUUGUUGGCUCUUCAUUUAAUUCAAAAUUAUGCUCAUAAAUAGUCUAGCUGGGACUUCUAGGGUAGUUUCUCAUGACUUCUAUGCCCUGUAUUGCAUUUGGUGAUGCAUGUAAUGCCAUUAUGAUAUCAUGAGUUCUAUUAAAAGGUGUGCAGUAUUAACUUUGUUGUUUUCCCCUUUAAAAAUGCAAAAUUAAAGGUCUAGUGUGCCAUUUUUUGCAAAAUAUACAGGUUAUAGCUGUAGCCAAGUAAGAAUUGCAGUUUACAUCAAAUACAUCAUACCUGGGUUAUUUCUUGUCCCCUGAAGGUUUACCUCUGUAUGCAUGCUAAAUACAUCCCCGGUGGGUCUUAACCAGGGAAGAAAGUUGGAAAGCUCCACUCCUUGCAUCUGGAAAAUAGAGCUUUCUUCUUCUUCAUGUUGGAUUGCACCCAGACAUCCAGGAGCUGUCUGCUGACAGGCGACUUGGCACACUCUUUAAUGAGAUAAAGUUUCAAUUUUGGGGUCUCAAAUAAGGAGAGAUAAAGAUGCUGCAGCUUACGCAGGGUAAAUUGAUUCAUCAAAUUCUUAUCAGACAUGAACUUGGCUUGAUUUUGAUUGAAAACAUGAGGCCCUGUUAAUAUUGUGAAAAAGUUGAUAAUGCAGAGUAAAGAAUGAUUAAGCUCAGAGCGGAGGGUGCAUCGUCCCUUUGCUCUGGUAUGUCCACAGCAGCUGGUCUAAUUGGGCUGUGCAGCUCUCAGUCAUCAUGUGAACAGGCCUGCAUGUGAGAGGGGACACUGUUAUGACAGCUGGUUUGAAGGGUGGCGGGUGCUCUUUGGUAAAAUUAAAUUUAGAAAUAAACUCUCAAAUUGACCAUGAAAUUGGGAAGAGGACGAACCAAGCAUAUCACAGCUGGGUCACCGUAUGUUUUUUUUUGUUGCAUGUGUAUGUGUGAGCGUGAUCAUGGUUCUGUUGAACCAAUCUCCCCGCUGGAAUCGCCGUGAAUCUGUGUCUGAGCUGAGUGAAAUUCCAGAGAGAUGUCACAGGAAAGGGAGUUGAGGCAGCAGUCAGGGACAUGAAUCCUCCCCUUGCAGGUACAAUUGGGAGCCCUUUGGAGGAUUUGGGCUUCAUCCAAAGUUCAUUUUGUGGAGAAGAAUGUGGCUCUAGCCCUGAUGGCACGCUCAAAUACAGACUGAGAUUUGUGCAGAAGUGAUGAGAAGAAUCAGCCUUGAGAGCAAAACGUGGAACGAAAGAAAUAGGGGAAUAUUGAGCAAGAAAUGAGAGAGAGAGAGAGAGAGAGAGAGAGAGAGAGCUGCUGGCUGCUCACUACAUCUGUUUCUGAAUGAAAGCAGAGAGAGGGGGAGGAGGGGAGGGUCGAAUGAGAAAGACAGAAAAGAUUGAAUUGAUGUUUCAGCAAAUGUAAGUGGAAAUGAGCUUCUUUCUCUGGUCACAUAAUAAGAGCCAAAGGACAUUAAAGUGUUUCAGUCUGAUGAUUUUCUUUGUUCUAAAAUGUCUGAGCUUGAAGUCUUUUGAGUUAACAUUGCUGUACAAACAAGCCUUGGUUCUUUUGCUUGGCAUUUGUAUCUGAGGGAAAUGAGAUAAUUCAACAGAGUAAGAGGAGGAAGAAGGGGGCGAUGCCUGGAGUAGAUCAGACACGUUAAAAGGAUAAAGGGGAACGUAAGCUGUGAAUGAAAGACACUAAACCAGACCUGAAAUUACCUAUCUCUCAGGAGGAAAGGGAAGCAGCAAAGGCAAAGACUCUUAUUUACAGUCUGCAGGUAUUUGGGGUGAUAAAAUGUGUAUAUAAAUGCAAAUUAGGAUGGAGCUGUAGAGGAGCUUAAAGAGUCUUUUUAUCAUAUGUGAAAAUGUCUGUAUUACUUCUGUUAAGAAUCCAACAAGAGCUACUGUUUGGUGGAGAAAGUGUGUUUGUUAACUAAAGAGUUUGACAGUGGUACACUUAACCCAUCUGGAUCCAUGUAAUGCUAGUUUGGGUUUACCUUUAAAACUUUUUUUGAGCAAAGUUUGGAUGUACUGUUCCCACCUGUAAUCAUCCCUACAACAGUGGAAAAACAAGCAGGCGUGUGUGUGUGUAUGUGUGUGUGUACUAGGGCCCGACUGAUUUAUCGGCGAGCAGAUUAAAUUGGCCAAUUUUAGCCUGUUUGAGACUAAUCAGUAAUCGGCCAAAACUCGCUGAUUGUCGCUGAUAUUUUCAUAAAUAAAAUGCGGAGAAUAAUAUGCGCCAUUUGACAAGAUCCCCGGACUUAUCCUGUAGAUGGCGCAGCGACCCCAUGACAAUCUUCAUCCACUAACUACCUCACAGCACAGCAGAGUGACGGAUCUGAAGCAGGCAGCUGUAGGGACGCACGGAGUAGAGUGGUCCACCUCAACGGCAAAUAAACCAGUUUGUGAAAUACACAAUAAGUCAACAAGUUUCAGUUCAACCCACUUCAUGAUGUUCCCCGCUGUGCUGGUCACGGUCACCCCGAGUUAACGGUGAAGCACCAUGUAAUAUGCAAGCUAAAGUUAGAGUUAGCCAUCUGCUAUUAGUCUUGCUACACUGUUAGCCGUGCUAGUAACAGUAGAAUAAACAAUAGUACACAUUACGUACUUGAGCUACUUCUCUUACCAAGGCAGCUGCAUGUCUCCAGAUGAGACCGGACUGGAAAUGUGUAACGUGAGUUAAGACUCGGAGGCACCGAUCGGCGAGGGAUGGUGGUGGUUGAAAACGCUUUUCUGGUCUGAGUUUGAUUCAUGAUAAAUAUGUGGAAUAUUACUGAGGUUAAUGCUACUGAGAAGUGUUUGAAAGGCUCAAAAGCAGCCAUUUGUUAAAAGGAAUUAGUAAAUAUGUUGAUAUAUUACUUCAAUUAACAAAAUUUUAAAACUUCAUAAAAAAUUUAAAAUAUCGGCCGAUUAAUCGGUAAUCACAUUUUUUUCCUCUCUAAUAAUCGGUAUCGCAUCGGCCCCAAAAAAUCCAUCUUGGUCGGGCCCUAGUGUGUACCAGCAUUAAGUUGCAGAGGUUAUAGUCCCGUUAAAGAUUGAAAAACAAGUGCGUGUAUGUAACCAUGUAUUAACAAUUGGGAGCUGAGGUUAAAGUAUUGGUGCUUAGUGCUGUAUAAAACAUAUAAGCCCAGUGGUAAUGUAUACAAGAAUGUAGGCUAGUCCCCACAAUAGUAGAAAAACACAUGCUUGUGUGUGCACUGUAUUAGGUUUCCUGUUACUCUCACCUUUAGACAGUCAUUAGGACUGGCAUGUGUAUAAUGUUGUGAGCACAUGAUUUUAUGGUAACUGCCCUUACCAGAGCGUGUCAUAAGUUUACUAUUAGAGCUGAUGUGUCUUCAGGGCAGCUAUUAGGGCAGUUUAGAUGACGGCCUCGUUCAAAGAGUGUCUAAUAUAGGUGGAGACAACAUGAUUUAUGAUGAAUCCUGAUGGUGGUUGGAUUUAAAGGAGCAGGUUGCACACCUGGCAGUAAUUUUCUUCAAUUUGUUUGGCUGUGUAUGUUUAAAGCCACACCGGCAUUGUACUGUGGUGUGUGUGUGUGUGUCUGAAAGGUCCCCCUCUCUUUGUGAGCCUGUCCAUGUGCUGCCCUGAUGUUCUGUACCUCUGUCCUGCCGUGCCAGGUGGCGUUGGUGAUGGGGUCCAAGACAGAGCGGGCGGUGCUCUCCUGUGAGAGCGGCGAGUACACUGCCAGCGGGGAAUGCUGCCGGCAGUGUCCACCUGGAGAGGGAGUGGUGAAGAAAUGCGGGGCUACACAGACAGUCUGCGCCCAGUGUUUGGACAGUGAGUACAGAUUUAUCAUUGUUUGCUGCUAAGUUGCGCUGAAUUUAUCAGACUAAGUUCAUUACAUCCAAGAGUUCCCCUGAUCAGUUUCGAAUAAAGUGCAGAAAAAGCUACAACAUUGGUACCCCUCUCUAACAAUGUUCUUCCUAUGUUUAUAGUUGUAAUUUUAUUAAGUAAUGAUGAAUAAAAUUAUUAUUAUUAGUCUUAUUGAGACUAUUAUUUUGUGUAAUGUUCAGUAAGCGUCAUUUGCCGGACAGAACUGAUAUAUUAAGAGCUCAACACAACUCAACUUUAUUUGUAAAGCACUUUAAAACAACCAUAACUGAAAAAAAAGCUGUGCAUUAAUAUACAAAACAAUCAAUAUACAAUUAAAACAAUGGAAAAAAUAAAAGCAGAUAUUAAAAAGUAAUAUAUAGUUUAAAUGCUUUUAAAAACGAAUUUAAAAACAUAAAAAAAAAAAAAACUAAAAACAAACCAUAAAACACUAAAACAGGAGUCUCAUGCAGGGUUGAAAGCCAAUGAAUAAAAGUGGGUUUUAAGACGAGUUCAACUAAGAUACAGUAAAUCAAAGCUACUAUGAGGAGUUACUCUCAUAAUUUGAGUAUCUAUGCGACUACCUGGGGUCGGUGGACUCAUCAGGUAAUACACAUUUAUAAGAAGUUUUUGAUUAAGAAAUAGACUGAAUUCACCUUGAUGCCUUAUCCUGAUAUUCAAAAGCAAACAUGACCAUCAGGAGCAAGAUUAAAAAAAUUUAUAUUGUAAGUUGAGUUGGUAUCAGCCGAGCAGCUGAAGAAGCCUUUUUCAUAUUGAAUAUACACAAUUAAAGAAAUAUUUCACUAUAAUUACUCAGCAGGAUGAGAUUUCUGGUGAAAAGUUUUUGAAGACAAGAUACAUGAAGACUGUCUUGUCCACAGGGGUGCCAAAGUUGUUCAAGUUCAAUUUUGUUGUAACCUUGUUGGGACUUCAGAUGCUGCAUACAUCUAAACAUCAGCCCACAUGAUUAUGAAACAGCUUUUCCUGUUACAUGCUGUGACAUGACAGUUGUUUGUAGAUUAGAGGCAGACACUCAUUGGCUGAUGAGCCCGCUGACGUCAGGUAGUCACAGAGACACUAGAUCAUCCAUAAAAUAUUAUGUACUGUGUGAUAAAAGCUAGAUGAUAAUUGAUUCUGAAUUACAUUUAUAUGGUUCUGUGGCUACUUUAGAGCCAUUUUCCAAAAAAACGAAAUCUAGUAAAGUGUUGUUUAGUAAGCAGAAAGACCAUUGUAAUCCUGUACAUAAAUGUCAACAUCUUUAAAAACUUUGUAAAUAAGCAAAUUAUCUGAUCUUGAUUCUGUGAUUUUGAGGUUUUUUCUUAUACACCAUUACUCGUCACUGUUAUGCUCUGAGCUGUUGAAAAAUCUCCCUCUGAAGUUUGUCUGAAAAACGUUACCACAACAUGUCCUUCCAUAAACCUCCCUGCCAGCACAUUUCUUCUUUAGUAAAAUAUGGUUUCAAUGAAAUCUGCUGACAAUCUGUUCAAAUCUGCUUUUUCAUUCCCUUAUUUGGGCAAAUCAACCCUGGAACAGAAAGAAACAAACAACCUUAAACAUUAAAAUGCAAAAUCUUGACUUUGCAAAAACUGCGUUUCCUGAAAUGUGUCAAACUUAACUGGAUUAUCUGGAGAUGAUCAAACUCAGUGUAGACACAUGUACAGUGAUGCACAUCUGCAGAACUGCAUGUCAUCAGCAGUGUUACACAUGCUGCACACAUAUAUACACGCACAUUCAUCUGAAACUUUCCUCACUUACAUCAUCUUUAUUUUCACAUCCAUCUCAUUUUGUUAGCGUACAAUGAUUGAACAGGCCCUGAACUCUAAAAACAAAGGAACAUUGAAGCCAAAACAAACUCUUAUUGUCCAAUUUGUAUGAAGUAUCUCCCUUCCCUUGACUGUCUAGAUAAAUAAAGCAGGAAUUCAUAUGUUUGAAGCUUAUAAGUGGGUCCAAAUGUGUUCGCUUACAGCUUAACUCAGGCUGCGAACCAUUAGCACUUGCUCUAGACCAGAGCCGGGAGAGGUGCCAACUCUGCAACAUAAAAAAAAAAAAAAAAGUGAAGAAGAAGAAGAUACAGAAGAAGAGGUGCUGCAAACUGUAGUGCUCUUCUUAACUCUGGGUUGUCUUUAUGUCCUGGCUCUGCAGCUUUUCUUGCCCUUUAAGAUGUUGCUGUAUGUCAGAGCGCUAAGUAACCGUCAAAGUGUAGGUCAGGAGGACUGCUGCAUAGGUCAGGAGGGACAAGACAAUAGUAUCACACUCUGCAGUGAUACCCUGUCUUACUCUUUUACAGCCCAGGCACAUGAGACCGAGACUGUGACAGAGAACUGUGGGUGCUUUAUGGAUGCAUUGAAACAUCCCGGCACAUGCAAACAGCGGUAAACAUUGCAUAAGCAGCUUUGAUUUCUGCAGGAAAAAAAACACCCGAACAAUGUCUAACUGGAUCUAAUUUGUGGUAAUGUAUUAGACUCUGGAAGAAUGCUUGGAGGUUGUUUGUACAAGGAAAACAGAUACUCUGAUUAAAGUUAAACUUAUUUACAAAAGCAGAUGCUAAUCUCGGAGCUGUGUUACAUUGUUGAGAAUUUAAAGUGUGGCUGAUUUUGCCACUUUGAAGUUUUUCAUUCUUUGCCUCUGGGAAAUCGAGAGCUGCAGCGAUGGGCACAGGAGGCAGGGAGUCAAUUCUCAGUGUGGAGAGUGAGACAGUGCCACAGGGUAAGAAAAAAGAAAAAAACAACAAAGCACAAAAGAAACAGAAGUCAAUUUCACAUAAACCAACUCUUGUCAAACUGAGCCAAGGUUGGAAUGGAAAAUCACAGGCAUGAAAUUGACAAAAAUGAACCAGGUGUGAGGGUUUGACUGGAAUAAGGUAGACUGAUGAUAGUUUUGCACCUGUGCAGUUAAAAAUCUGGUCACAGCAGAGGAUUGUGAGCGGGCAGAGUGAUCAAUCGUCAAAGGUUGCUUUUAAUAGUGGGGCUCCAGAGAUGUGUUUAAUGGAGGAGCAGCUUCAGCUCGGACUCUGAAUCCAGUUUGACGUCACAAGGAUUUUCUCUUUCGCAUCAUUUUCUUGCUGUAAAAAGUGGUCAGCGGUGCGUAGACGGUAACCCGCUGUUCCGUUUCCCCUCAGAGUGAGCUGGACAUCACGACUCCACUCCUAAUGAGGGCUUUUUCCAACCUCUCUACCAUCCCCCACCCUUUACUUCAGCGAAUCCCACCAACUCUUGUCGUGUCUCCUCUUUUCUCCAUCCUGUACUCGCUCCUGUCAGCCAGAACCCCCUUCUACCCCCACCUCAUCCCCCUCCCUCUCCCUUUUGCUAUGACUCAUCGUCUGUAUUAGCGGAUAAAAUGGUAUUAGAGAGCCAGGCACCAAAGGGCACGAUCUGCUCAUUCAUCAUGCAUACCGUUACAUCAGUGCAUCUUUACUCAUUUGAUCCAGCUAAUUAAACCAUAUUGAAAAGCCUAUUGUGCCUCUAACAGUGAACAAUUAUCUUGCUCGGCAUUACAGGAACGGUUUUCACUGCUGAUGAACACUCAACAAUUAAACUCAAAUACCCCGGAGGGUGCACUCGAUUCCAGCAUGAGAACUCUCCUUUGGUUUCGAUAUUGUUUUUGUUUCACAGGAUAAAAUUUUAAUGUACCUGAAGCUCACAGGAGCAAAUAAACCCCAAAACAACCCCAAUUCAAGAGUAGUUUAUGGGUGCUGUGUAAAAUUUUAGGGUGUGCAAGUCAUUUCAAGGCUGUUUGGAAUUGAAAAUGGAGCGAAGACAGCUUCUCAGAAGUUGAUACUGAGUAUAUUUGUAAUGCUUUUUUCUUGAUAAAAUAUGUCAGCAGCUCAACACCUAAGGGUGUCCUUUGUAAUAUUUUGACUUUAAGUUUUUAAUGGAUGACGUGUGGAGUGUAGCACCUGGACUCCUCUUCUAGCACAGGAUUGUGGUGCAGCAUUGUCCUGCUGAAAAAUUCAAGUACUUGCUUGAAAAAAAACAUUGUCUCAGUGGCAGGAUAUGUUGCACCAAAACCUCUUCAUAUUGCUCAGAAUUAACGUUGCAUCUACAGAUAAGAGAGCUACUCAUGCUCUGGGUACUUAUGGGCACUUAUCUACUUAUGAAUGCCUAUAUCUUCAAGGAUACUGGCUUUUGAACUGUGUUAAGAAACUUACAAGAAUUGACCCUCUUUUUUUUUUUUUUUUUUUUUUUGAAAAGGUAGUAGUGUCUAUAAUUUCCAAAAGAAUGUCAAGUUUAAAAAAGUCUAACCACAGGACAGUUUUCAGCUUCUUAAACAGGCUUUAGAACACAGAAGUCAGCGGUAAUUGUCGAUCAUGUUAACACAUGGUGCAUUUUCAACUUUCAUUUAUGGAUUUAGUAAUAAACUGAUUGAACUGAAAUUGAUGUUUGUUUUGGUUUUAUGUAUUAACACCAACCUGCUAAUGGGACUGGGGAAGGGAAUUAGCUGCUUGGCUAUAAUCCCAUGCAUUUACAUGUAAAUGUUCAAUUAUGCAUAUUUUCCCAUAUAAAUAAAAAAAACAAAAAUCCUUAAUCCUAAACUGUUCUUGCAGAUGAUGGAAUUUUUAAGUCAUUUUUAGCCCAUGUCUGUUAUUAAUGCAGUGAGAGUCCAAAACAGCCUGACCAUCUAUGACUGGGUAUGUACAGAUAAUUUUCAUAUUAUAGAUGUUAUGGACUUUAGAUCAUGAUGCGGAUGAUGAAGUCCUUAAAUCCUUCAGGCAGAGAAACGUCAUUCUAAACUUGUUGAACUCUUUGCUCAUACAGGCUCUCAUAAAGUCCUGAACCUCUUCCCAGUUUAACCUCUGAGAAACUCAGGUUAUGUAGAAAACUCUUUGAACUCUUAGUCAUUUUACUAACCUGUUUUAAAUAUUUGGGAAAUGUCCCUUGAAGAUGUUGUCUUUUUUCCACGUGUUAACUUUUUGUUGUUUUGUUGUUUCUGUCUUAAUUUUUUGACACUUUUUGCAUCAAAUUCGCAAAUAUUACUCAUCAAAUGGAAUUUCUUUUUCAGCUUUACCAUUUAAUUUCUUGUCUUUGCACUAUUCUCAAUUAAAUGUAGGGUUUAAAUGAUCCAGAAAACAUCAAAUUCUGCUUUAUCACCAUUUCACACAGGAUCCCAACUAUUCUAGAUUUAUGGUUGCGCUAAAAUAAGAAUAAGUUGGAUUUCCCUGAAAGCGAGAGGGGGAAACUUUGACCUUACCUGAAAAUUUUUAUCUAUAAAUACAUUUUCUAAAGUGCAGAAAUGAAUAAUUGACAAGUAGAGCUCAUGGCAUCCAUUUCCUGUUUCAUUGUAAAUAUGGGUGAAUCUUUAUUUAUAACCCUCCCAAAUCCCCACUUCCUGUCUAACCCCCCAUCCCCUGCCCCAUGAUCCUUGCUUGGGAUGAGUGCCAGCGUCAGCAGCACUGAAAUAUUCAUCAGUCUUCUCCACUUUUCUCUGCUGUCAUGGGAGACAAGGCGAGUGGACCUGCCUCACUUAGUGAACCGUUCAGAGAAAACUUGCCCUGAAAACUGAUUGAAGAUCUUAGAAGAAAAAAAAAGGCCAAACCACACAAGUCAAUGUAGCAUUUAGGAAGAGCCUCUUUGGGCUGGAUUGAAAGUCAGCAGGGAUUUGAAAGCGGAAGGAAAAGUAGAACCACAGCUUUGGUCUGAUGAGAGCUGAAACACUGUCAAGAACUGCAUCCAAGCCUGGAUCAUGAGGGAUGAAGAAAGCGGAAAUGGAGAUUUCUCCCUGGCAGGCCUUCACUGGCGAUGGCAUCAAACCCUGAAAGCUCAGCGCAGGAUACAUGAGCAGCUUUCCUCCUCUUUGGUCUCCUAAUAAUAGCUUUGGUAAUAUCCUAAAACACCUGUUUCAAAUCAGCAGGGAAGCUAAGUAGACCAAUGAAGCGAGGCGAUAAUUACGUACAAAAAUGCUGCAUGUUGAAAAAGGCAAAUAAAGCUGUCACGCAGCUUUCUGGAGGCUGGUCAUUUCUCCCCAGUCAGCGCAGAAAAAGGACGAAGAUGGUGUUUCCGCUGAAAUGUAGACCGUGACGCUUCAUAGAGUGGGAGAAGGGCUUUCCCUUACUAAAAGCUUACACCUAAAGUGCUGAUUGUAGAGAUCAGGGGGCAGUUUCAAGGCUGUCCACAGUUACAUUAUUGAUGACACUAAUGGGAGCGGAACACAUCAGUGUUUUGAGGGGGGUCUCUUUAGAGGCUGAGGUGGCACAUUUUAAGUGCAUCAUCCCCCUGGUUUACAGCGGCCUCUUCCUUUACCUGGCCUUUUUUGCUGCUCAACACGGAAACUGAUUGCUGGGAUGUGCUGGUCAUCGCUCAGCUGGGGACAAUUAAGAGAAAGCUUCAUAUUUUAUUAAAGAGGAGACACUACUCUCCACCUGAUUCUUCAUGACCUUUUUCUUUCCUUUUUUAGCACCCCGAUGAAAGCGCACACACACACACACACACACACACACACACACACACACACACACACACACACACUCUCUCUCUCUCUCUCUCUCUCUCUCUCCUGUGCCUGUUGGGCACCAGCUGCAUAUGGUCACAUUUACAUGUGUUUGCACACAAGGACUGGAAAGAGACUCAUGCAUGCAAGUUAAAAUUAGCGAGGAAGCCUGCGCGCUGCUGGAUAAUUUUGAUGAAUGAGCAGAGAUUUACUGGCUGAGCCUGACUGCAAAGUAAACAAAGGCUUGAAGCUCAUAAAUUCAAACAACUGUUUACCUCUGAGGACUGAUAUUUAUCAAUUCAGUCAGUGUCACUGUCCUCUUUUGGAUCGUGACAAAGGGAAAGGCUGAAUCUGAUAGUGUGCUUGUGUGUGUGUGUGAGCAUUCAGAGAAGAAACAGAGCUAAUUAACAACUCGAACCAUUCAGCUUUCAGUGGCAUGUGAGUCCAUCCUCAACACUUUGAUCUCUCAGUUAUGCUUUCCUGACAAGCCCACCCUCCAAGAGUUUCUGUCUCCAUCAGAAAUUCAUUCAAGUAAUUCGAGCAGACUCAGCCUUCCCGCUCCCUCCCUACCUGCCUCUGCAUCACUUCCCUCCCUCUGCUGUCUUCAGGCUGCCUGUAUAAUGUGACAACCUUCAUCUACAGCUUCUUAGCUGUGCUGCUGUUUACAAGGUGUUUAGAGCUUCAGUCUGUGCCAGUGUUUACUCGACAGAGCCGCUUACGAGGCAAAGGGAGUGCUGGGACAUUGCUGCGGGGCUUUUCACACUGACAAUCUGCUGUUUCUCAACACGUCACCCACCGAGCAGGAAAAACACUCACUCUCAGACAUAUGUGACUGUAGAUAAGAGGUGUACCACAUAUCCACACAGUCAUGUGGCUUUUUUUUACAGCUCCACCCAGUCCAAAUAACUCUAAACCAGUGUCGACUUGCUGCACGACUCAAUAUGUAAAACAGGCAUUUGAUGGUGUAACUAAACCAUUUUAAAUUCUUAUGUCAUGAUGAAACUUCUCAUGCUGCACACUCGACUUCUUCAUGUUUAUAUAGACACAGAGGAGUAGGCUACAACAUUUCACUUUAAGUCUGUGAUGUUUUAUCUGUUCUCAUGUUAACUCGACAGAAAGCUGAAAAAGUAGAGCUGAGCUGUAUGACACUUUCGAAUUCAGCCUCUUUAUCAACUUCCCCUUUCAUUCAACCACUAAGUGGCACUGGUACGAUGCCCACUCACACCCUCCCCCUCUUUCUGUAUAAAUAAUUCAGCGGGCAUCCAAUUAUAACCAAAAAUAAUUCUAUAUGAACGUACAAUAUUAAUAAAUUACCUUGUGCUGGAGGAAACUGAGUAAAACAAGGCUAAUUCAAGGUCAUAACUUCCUGGAUAAUGAACUCAGCUGAAGCUUUCUGGCCUGUAAUUAAAAAGUACCGGGCAAUUAGCCAGUAACGCUUCACCUUAUUCUAUGUAAGGCAGCUUUUUACAGCUCAAUGGUGAAUAUCUACAUCACAGCUGUUAAUUUAAGAUGAAAAUUUGAAGAAUAAAAAAAAAACGCUAAAUCAACAAACCAAGAGAUUGACAGACCGUCAGACAGAAAGUUGGACAACAGUUGGCUAACUCACAGCAAAACUCACAGCAUUGCGCUCCAUAACUUACGACAUUUUCAGAUGUUGUGAAUGUUAAACCGGCAUGAUACAGAGCUUAGCAACUUCUGAUGUUAGCAUUUUAAACAUUUUUCCAGUCAAAGCUGACCCAGCUCUGAUUUUAGCUUCACAUUUAGCGUAAUGGUGGUAAAAAUCCUUUCACCAAACUCCUGGUGAGAAAAGUCAUCUUUACAACUGUCCAUCUGUUCUUUUUAAAUCGUUAAGUGACCAAGGCUGGAUUAGGUUUUCUUCAAAACAUUAAAAUUGUGUGUGUUUUAGAAACUAAAAUAUUGAAACAUGCUGGCAGUUGCCAAAAAGUCAGGUUGCUGUUAAAAUGCUGCUGCAAGAAGAUACAGAAUUUAUGUAUUUGGUGUAUUGAUGAAUCCAUACUAUCAGUUUUGGUCAGUUGUCUAAAGUGAGAUAGCCCGAUUGGUAGGUUGGCCAAUUAAUGACAUCUUAAUCGGUAUCAGCCCUUACAAAGCCAAUAUCAUCAUUAUCUAUCCAAAUGAAAAAUGCAUUUGAUAGCAUAUCAAAUCUAAGACUGACUAGUGUUGGCAUUAUUAAAUAAAAUGACAAUGUGACAUCAGCAUUAUCGGCCAACCUGCUCUCCCAAUAUCAGCACUGACCUUUGAAAAGCUGUAAUCUAUUGACCAUUAGGGAGUUUAUAAACAAUCUUCACAGUUACUAUUGUAAAAUUAAAUAGCUUUAACUAAAAACUAACACAAUACUCUAAACAAGUUUUGUAUAAAUCAGUGAGUUUUUCAUUGUAAAAUUGUUGUGAUUAACAAAAUAUUGAAUAUUUGUACAUAACUGAUUAAAAAAAAUAAUAUUUUCCCCAUAAAUCCUGACUUUUCCAGUAUUUUUUCCUCACAGUGUUGUGCCUUACGCUGCGGUGAUUGUUUACUUUAUUAGAGAUAAUUUUCUGACAUUUUCAUCUGUGUAACCAGGCUGAUGCACCUGCGCCUCGCUCCUGUAUGACGGAGAUUAAAGCAGUUUACUCAGUGCAGAGCAGACACAUGGAGAUCAAUAUCAUAAUGAGCGCAGCAGGCUUUGACUUGCUCUAACACAAGAGCACCUUUCUUGUCCCGGAGCACAAAUCACUAAGAGCCCAGUGGAUCAAUGUGUCCUCCCUUCUAAUGAAUGUGCAGUAAACAUGAUUAAUGUCAAUAGACGCACUGUUUAUCCCUCUGUUUAUCUCCUCGUAUUUCCUGCUCCCUCCAUCCUCUAACCUUCUUUGCUCUUCGCCCCUUCUCUCGUUUCUCCCCUCUCGCUUUUUUGUCUGCUCCUCUUCAACCUGUCCUCCUGUCUGCAGGUGAGACCUUCUCAGAGCACUACAGUCACACAGAGGAGUGCCGGCCCUGCACUCAGUGCAUUGGCCUGAUGCGGAUGGAGACGCCCUGCACCGACUCCAAUGAUGCCAACUGCGUCUGCAACUACAACUACUUCUUCAGCUCGAUAUCGGGCAAGUGUGAGUCUUGUACGGUGUGCCCGGCAGGACAGGGUGUGUUUCUUCACUGCGAACACAACCACGAUACUGUUUGUGAGGAAUGUGUGGACGAUACCUUCUCGGACCGGGAAAGUUACCUCGACCCCUGCCUGCCCUGCACCAUAUGUGAUGAGGAAACUGAGACACAGCUGGCUGAAUGCACGCCAACCAGUGACUCUGUCUGUCACAGUAAGUGUGCCGCACACUCAGGUUGCUUUCACACCUUUAGAUCCAGACCAAAUAUAAGAAAGACACACAGGUAGCUAAGACUCAAUUAUUUCAAGCAAACCCGUGCAGACAUGAAUUGCUUUAAAAAAUAAAUACUUCAUCGGAUCAUUUUAGGGUUGGCAAACUCAACAUCUGUGGUCAUUAUUCUGUUGGUUGGACAAUGUAGACACCACUUUGUCUACGACUUGAAAACGGAGAUGAUAAAGUCAUCAUGUUGUGCUUCGCUGCAAGUUAUGGGUUUAUUUAUCUACUUUAGUGGUCACAAAGAGCUCAUAAAAGAACAGGUGGUUAUUGCCACAAUUAUUGGAGGCUAUAAAAAGGCCUCAUUUGUCAUAACUAAUGACUGAUGGAAGGAAAUAGGUGCAAACCAAAGCUUCUUGUGCUAUGAUGUAACAGGAUAGUUGCCUAUUGAAAACGAGUAAUGAAGUCUUUACUUUAACCUUUCCUUUAGAAAACAAAUUAUGGACAGUCAAGAGCAGCAAAUCGAAUGAUGAAGGAGGUUCUGGGGGACCUUUUAACUAUGUUGACUUUGGUUUCUGACAACAGGCUCUUUACUGCCAGGCUAUGGAUCAAGGAAAUGUAAAAAAGUUAAGCUUCCGAAUUCUAACUCAAACUGUAACUGUACAAACACACAGUCCUUGAAUGUGUAACAGGAAAAAAGAAACAACUCAAUCUAGAGUGAAGACUGUUGAAUUUUGGUCCUCUUUGUGGUUCUUAUUCCUUGACUGGAGCACCUGAGUCGGUUUGCCAAAUGACCAAGUGUGAAAGCACAAUUUAAAAACAAGAAAUGCCAUUAAAGACCACCUGCAAUUUGAAAGCUGAGUUGGAGCCAUCAUAUAGAGUGUCUCAAUCACAGUUGGAGGUCAGGCUUUCAAAUGGCAGGAAGUUAAAAGCUUUCACAUUAAAAGGUCAAAGACUGAAGCAGUGUCAGCUGUGAGACAAUGAAAAAGCAGAAGGCAAUACACAACAGGAGGAGCAGAGUGGAGCUCUUUGUGUCUGAGAGUGGAAAUUAGCGCGUUUCUAAGGAAGCUAUAAAUUCCCUCCGGCUGGACGGGGCAUGAAAUCCACCUUAUCAGGGGGACUGAGGCUUCAAAUCUGAGUGGUCAAAUGUCUUAGGUGGCAUUAUUCUGAAGUCUUUGAUUAUAUCUUCAAUUUGUCCUGAAAGCAGUACCAGAUGGGGGAUCUGUGGCACUCACAAAUAAUCAAAACCUCUCCCUAAUGGAAAGGAGCCUCGCUCUUGAUGGAGUUUGUGGUCCGUUCCUUGGAAAAGCCUCUUCCCCUGCAUGUUGUUUUUCUCUUUUUUAAAUGCAAACUUUGACCAGAGAGGCUUUUAUGUCGAAGGGUUGAUUAAAUGCUCCCAAGAAAGUGCUCAGUAGCAGGCGCUUUUGCUAAUGCUGGGUCUUUUAUUGAUCGCCUGUGUGCUUCACCACUUUUUAAAUGAACACUUUAAUGGUGUCGUUUGAUAACAGUGUUAGGAUUCAGGCUUGAGCUGUCUUAUUUCUCCUUUUAAAGGUCGACCCCGUCAGACAUCACUGCCUCGGAUGGUUGCAGGUGUUUGGAUUUGCCAAGUUAAUGAAGCCUAAAAAUAUGUCCAAUCUGUUGUAGUACAGUGAAGGCAAUGGUGCCUCAUCUAGGGUGUAAAUUCCUCCUUUAAUAAACUGUAAUAGACUAGACAGAGAGUCAAAUGGAGGAAGGACAGAUAAGAGCAGAACUGGUAGAUGAGGUGGAAGAAAGGCUAAUAACAUUGAAGAAGACUUUCAACCUCUUCUUUCCUCCAGAACCAUCAAAGGUGCUGCAGUUUGAUUUUUCCACCAGUGAAUCAUCACCACUGUACUCCUGCCCACCAACAAGACCUUUCUAAGAUCAGCCUCUGCUGGUUUUUCUCUUUGCAUUUUGAGCCAUCAGGGCAAAUUCUGAAAUCUGGCUCAAAAAAGGGAGGACAGAAAUCUCUUGCAAAACAACUACAUGUUUUUUUUCUCUCUUGCAGUUUAUUAUUUAUUUAUUUAUAUCAACCUGUUGGUUGAUCUACCUGUUUUGGAAAUAUCCUUGCAACUUUUAGAUGUAUUUUAGAUGAUGUGAAAUCAAAUCACAUUUUAUCCCAAACCAUUUCUACAAGCUAAGCUGGUAACAUUCAACCUAACCGAGUUGGUUAGACAUAAGUAAUCAUGGUUUAGCCUUGCCACAUAGUAGGGAUGGGUGAUAAAUUAUCAUUCACGAUAUAUCAUCAGAAAAAUUCACCAAGAUAAAUAUUUGCCAUCUCAUGAUAAAUACGAUAAAUGCAAGUUUAUCGGGACUUAAAUCGUUAUCGCCAGGAUGGCAAAUAUUAUCAUGAUGCAUUUUUUAGCCCAUAUUGCCCAUCCCUUCCACGGAGUCAUAUAGGCCACAGGCAGUUUUGCACUCCAGGAGCUGAAUCUGCAACCGCUGCUGCAAGAACUAUAGCACUAAGCCAGACCAGUGCCAGUCUUACUAGUCUUUCUAUGUUCUUCAAAGGGGGAUUAGGUGCAGACCAGGUGAGUGACACCAUUUCCCUCACUUUAGACCGUAAAUCUCACACAGUUACGGAGAAAUGAUGGCAGAAAAAUAUACCUCUGGUUAUCCAGUCUGUUCAUAAAUGCAUCGUCGACUUGGGCUGAAGGACCUUUGAAGGAUUAAAGAGAGGAGGUAUCAUGCAUUUUUUUCAGACUCUAUAACUCCUGUCUGAUACCUCUUUAAUAUCUUUACAUGAUUUUCAGUUUUAAAAAAAGCCUCAAAUUUCUCACAGUGGUGUAUUAAAAUAUCAUUAUUUCAGCCUCUGCCUGAAAUGUUUUCUGCUGUUUUCUGCUUCUAUCUUUACGCCACUCCCCCCAAGCCUACUUUCUUCUGAUUGGGUUAGAGUUAAAGGUUUUCUGAAAACCUGCCUAGGGCUGAGCUCAAUGUUUUGGCCCCACUCCCUCUAUUGUGGUCGAGCAGAAGAGCAGCAUUACCCCCAUAGACAUCAUGUAUAUGAUAUCUAUGGUUGGCCCGCUCCACUGUGGGCAUACACUGUUGGAGUCAGGCUGUUCCGCUUUGACUUAAGUACAGAUGAACCAGUAAGAAGCGCCAAUAAUUAUUAAAAAUUAAUUUUAGAAAUUCUCACACAUAAACUAAGGUCUUGCAUUUUCACGUGUUUAUCUGAGAUUGGAGCAGUUUACAUCUAGUUUCUAAGAUUAUGAUAAUAUAGGUUUACCUUGUGAUUAGAAACUUUGCAUACAUGCAGUAUGGACACCAAACUUUGUAACUUAGCAGUUUUUGCUGUAAACGUGGAAAAGCAUGAUACCCCUUUAAAGAUGUGGAAGGAAGAGUAAAAGCAGACUUCAGUUUUUAAGAUUCUUCAAAUAACAUUUUUUUUCCUUUUUAUUGUCUAAAUCUUACAAAGACAAACUCAGCCCACAUUUAAUUUACUCUGAUUAAGUCUUACCUCAGUCCACUGAUGGAGCAUCGCCAGUUUGAAGGACCCAUGAGGAGGCAAUGUGACAGGACUGGCAGCCAUCAAAACAAACUGCCCCUAAUGCCCCAUAAAUAUCCACAAUAUCCACUGAUUUUCUGACUUAUCUGAUCUACAGUCGGCCACAAUACCCUCUUUUGCUGCCCAUUCAUGGCCCACCCAUGCAGCCUGACUCACCUUUGACCCUCCUUGUCCUGACCAAUAGAGUUGUAGCAGCAGCGGCAGAAGUGACGGCAGUGACUGGAUAUGGAACCAUAAGUGUCCUCAUGGGGCAUCCUUUUGAAAGGCUAGCCCUGGGUAAUGGUCACAUGUGGCGGUGAUGAUGUUUCCAGGCCCUCCAUGGUGGUCUGUGCUGGCUGUGCAUACAGAUAUGUGUUUAGCAGCAAACAGGAAGCUGCCUCGCUGGGAUUCUCAUUCUAUUUGCUCCUUUUUAAUGCAAAAUAAGUAAACUGCUGCCCUUUUCUCCCUCCAAUAUAUGAUGAAAAAAUAUAUGAUUGAGUUAUUUUCAAAUCCCCAAAUCCCUAUCUCAUAUCCAGCUGUCACCAAGUGUCAAUUACAUGAAACAAUGACAAAGGCAGAAACUAAGAGGGAGAAAAAAAAAGAGAUAAAAACCGACAGAGGGAGGGAGGGCUGCAGCAUAUGUGCAGUGCUGGUAUUCUAUGCCGAUGGGUCGAUAUGAGUGCUGGGAUUUCUUCUGCUUAUGCUCAGGUUUCGCUGAAUGACCUCUAUGGGCACCCACACUCGACUGCAGGACACGCACUCACACACACACGCACUCACACACACACACACACACACACACACACACACACACACACACACACACACACACACACACACACACACACACACACACACACACACACUCUAAAAAGCCAAGUCUUCUCCAGGGUUAGACUCACAGACACUCUUCAUGGGCAUCCAAAAUCAAUACGACUGAUGGCAUGUGCACGUUCUUCCACUCCUGCCAAGUGUGCUUUAGCUUCAACAUUUUUCAUUAAACUCGGACAACGCACAUGUGUGAGCCGCUUUGAUGUGAAAUUGAAAACACCUCCGGCAUGCUUUAUUGGAGGUCUCGCCCUGCGCGGCCGUGCGAAAAUGUGCCGUUUUUCUUUGAGUCAAGAUAAUUCACGUUUUACGCAGAGUGUCAAGCGAUAAUUUGAGUGUUUGUUCUCAAGAACAAGAGAAAAGGAGGAUUAAAAAAUCAGGUACAAACUGACUUCUUUUCUCUUAUCACUAAGCUCAUCAACCUCCCCCCUCCCUUCCUGUCUUCAUUUGCUCUCUCUAUCUCUCCCCACUGUGGCCCUCGAGUGGCUGGGCAACAGCGGUGGAAGGUGGCCAGCGUGCAUUCAGCGCCUUCACCGCUGCAGUAUAAUUACUCCUGCUAAUCAGAGCACUUUACAGCAGCUUCUCUGUUCAUCUGCACCCCCUCCUCACCCUCUUCCUAACACUCUGCCUCUCUGUCCGCUGUCCCCCUUCUCUUCCUCCCCCUCCUCCCUGCUCUCCCUAUUAACCCUCCAGAACUGAAGACAGAGUGCUCACUUGAAUAAUUCGUAGUACGUGUGCGUUUGAUGGAUGUAUGCACGUCAGGCGGCAAACACAGAGGAAGAUUGAGAUAGUGACUGAGCGGGGACAGAGGGAGAGUGUUUGCAGGCUGAUAAAGAGGUCAUUGUACAUGUGCUUGGCCUGAUACUCGCUCAUCUCCACCCUGAACUGGCAGCCGCCAAGACAUCAACCUCCGCAUAAGACCUCUGGGGUUAACUUCACCAUAAAGACCUCAAUGGCUCAUAAAAAUUAAGCCUUUUUUUUCCCUCUCUCGUCCACACCCGGCUAAUAAACACAUCUCCCCUGCACACACAGCCGAACGCUUGUAAAAUCCAGAGCUAGUUUUAUUUUGUUUCACGAGUGUUUGAAACCCACUGAAGCCAAAAUGAAAUUGCAGCUGAGGUAUGCAGCAGCCUCUGUUUCUUUGGGUUUAUCUUUUGGUCUGCAGCCAGCCGUGUUUUCUGCAUCAGGCGAAGAAAUGAAGGGAAAGAAGGAGAGCUACAAUGAAGAGCUAUAAAAGAGAAGUGUACUUAAGUUGGAGCAGCUCUCCAUGUUGAGUCAGUGUGACGUGAUUUGAAGCAGACUCCCAACAGGGCCGUCAUCUUGGCUCAGAAUAAGAAAGACAAUUUAGAUUAAGUCCUGAGGUGAGUUUAUACAUCUGCAUGGAGGGAAUCGUAACUGCACCAAAGAAAAGCACUUAGAGUAGAGGAAGCAAUGAAAGAAACACAGCCCUUACUUUCUCCACACUGGCACUCACUUUGACACCUUUCAUCCACGAUUUAUUCUAUUUUCUAGCUCGAGUUGCAUUGCUAAUACCAUUAGCUAACCCUGCAUUAGCCAGAUGAUGUAUGGCGGAGCUGAGGAAACCUGACUACAUCCCAGGAAAGGUCAAGAAAAGCAUGUAAUACAGACACCGUGUUCCACUCCCCUGAACACUCCCUCUCUUUUAGACGGAUCCAAAUCAAUAACACUGCCUGAAAUAGACCUCCGCAUUAUUUCUGUGUUUCUAAGUAUGGCUUGCACAUGUGCUGUGUUUUUAUGCUCAUGUAAGAUAUUUUCUACCAUUUCAGUAAACCAAUCCCCCCCACUCACACACACAUACACCCUAUAGAGAGAGUAGGACUGCCUCGUCAUCAGCUGGCAGACAUGCAGGCCAACGUGGACUCUAAUACGUCCACAUGAGUUAUCCAUAAAGGUCCCAUUUGACUAUUAAAGCGAGUAAGCGUGUCUAAAUUAUGCAGCAAAUCAAUUUGGGGGAACGUGACUAUCUGCCAUGUCAGAGAAAAGAGAAGACAUGUGGAGGAAACUUUUGACUGUGAUGGUCUACUGGAUUUCUGUUUCGGUUUUGGACCAAUCAGUUCAUCAAUUUGUACUCCCUGGAUCCUUCAGUCAAAAGGAUACGCUUCAUCUUUGAUAGGACACUUAAUCUCUGUCUUUUCUAGUGGGCAAUUUGCUUGUCUGUUUGAUAUUAACAUAAGGUUUUCACUAAACAAUAGGGGUGGGAAUCACUUGUGGCCCCACAAUAAGAUAUUAUUAUGAUACUUGGGCCACAAUACUACAUGAUUGUGAUUUUUUACAUUUUGCAAUACAGUGAGUAUUGCGAUACAAUAUAUUGCAAUUUAUCCAAUUUUUUUUCAACUGUUAAGCUAAUUUAGCAUUUGUCUUUCCUUCAUGUUUGUCUUAUUUACACAAUAUUUUAUUUUCAUGUAGCACAUCUUGCAAACCUUAUACAUAUUUGUUGGACUACCUUUCUCCUGCUCUAUGAUGUCUCCUCUGCCAACCUCACUGUAAAAACAGUUGAUUUUAUUUUUACAUUAUCAUAGAUUUGACUUCAUAUUAACAAUUAAUUUGGAAAAACUGAUACUUGGUCAAUGAGACCAUACGAUAUAGACAAAAUAUCGCAAUACUAUGCUGUAUUGAUUUUUUUUCUCCCAUCCCUACUGAACAGUGUUGAGUGAUACCAGGUUAAAUGUCAUCCUUUGUAAACAAAAGAUCAGUGCUUUUAUUCUAGUUUACUUAGCAGCUCCAAAUGCUUCCUCCACUUUUACUCUUUUAUCCAUCAGAGGGGAGUUAAAGGGAAUAAUAACAGAGCAUCUCUGCAAAAACAAUACCCCCUCAUUUCUUAGUAUUACCCUUAAAAUGAAAAAAAAGGAAAAAAAAAAAAAUAAUAAAAAUAAAAAUAAAACACAGUGACAGCCGUUUUCUGACUUUUCAGUUUUAAAGCUCUCCCAAUAAAAUUGGACAGCCCCCGCAGUCAGCAGAUUACUCAGUGUUACCAGGACAUUGUUUCUGGAAAGACACAUUGUUCUUGAAUUAUUAAAAUGUAAUUUUUCAAUGCGGUGAACAGCACAAUUGGAAUUGUAUUCUCCUCCAGUGAUAUAAGAGAUGAGUUUCUCCAACCAUGAACAUUAUCUGCACUGCUGGCCAAGAUGUCAGUAAAGUGAAUGAGAAAAGAGAGAAGAAAGCCAGCUACAGAUUUAAUAUGUGUAGUGCAUUUUCAGAAGGCAUGUAGAGUGAGUAAAUGUACUAUAGCAGAGAAAGCUAUAUGUAUGGCAACCACUUAGUAAUCGGAGGCUGCAUUUGUAAUGAGUGAAUCUUUCUGACUUGAGAGCUAUUUCCUUUUAAAAUAACAGGACAUUUCUGAAUCAGGACAACCCUUUAAGCACAGCGUAUUUGGGAUACAGCGUCCUGGUCUUUGGCCUUGAAGACAGCUUCAGGGGUCACCUCUGGGUUAAUCCUGUGAGCACCAGUAUGGAGCUAAUAAGGAGCAGCCUGUGUGUUUCUGCAGGGAAUAACAGAACAGGCUCCAAUCUGAGCCGGAGUUUGUAUUCUCCAUCCCUACCAGGCUGCUGAGCUCAGAGGAGUUUUACUUUUUGGCCGGACAGGCCUGCCGUACUCAACCCUUAGGGAGGAAAUAAUCUGAACAACUCUCAGAGCUUUUCCUCCAUCUGACAGCAUCAUGUUGUGUUUCUUACGGGGCUUUACCAAACAGAGGGACGAUAGGUCAGGAAUCCAGGAGAGAUUUGACUUGACUUUGACUUGUCCAGAACUGUGUUUUCAGGACAAGUCCACCAGAGCAAGCAUGGUGCUGCUGCUCUAUGAGAAACAACACUGAGUCAUUAAUAGAGCUGACAAAGGAAGAAGAAAAUGACAAUUUAUGAAAAUGAGUCUUCUUUCCAGGCCGUGCUCUGAUAGAAACCAGACCCUUCCAGUAGCACAGAGCUUUCCUGCCUUUCUGGCCUUAGCAGAGGCUACACUCAUGGUGCUGACCUCUCCAAAGCCCCGGACUUUGUUCUACAAGGAUCCAUAUGGCUGUAAUGUCAUGCAAUGUGCAGAGAUCAGAUAGAUGGCCGACGUGGUGAAGAGAGACCUGGCGUGCAGGGCUCAGGCCUGGUAUGGGGUGUGCUGGUGGGUGACAGAUAUUUGCCCCCCUUAUGGGGAACAUUCUUUCUCAUUCUGCACACAGCAACUCAGGCAGAAACCAUCUGGCAAUCAGAAACAGCUGCUGCAUGUGUGGAGGAUCAGACAUCUGGUUGGGGACUUGGUGUCUAAACUUUCAGCAAAACAAGUGCUCACAGAUAAGAUACCAUGCUGGCAAUUUUCUUUCCUCUGACACCUCGUCUUCUAGCUGGACCAAAAGGUUCAUGUUGUGACUUUAGGCCAAAUAGUUGAACAACAACUGGGCUAACUGGGUCAAAAUAUGAUGCCAACAUUUAUGACCCUCGGGGGAAAUUAAAUUGAUAAAAUUGUGCUCCCUUUACCUUCUUAAUCUCUUUGAGCUCCAAAAUGUAUUUCUUUUUUAUUUUAGUUUGUGCAAAAUUUUUUUGAUUAAGGUUAUGUCCCUUAUGUUUGUGGUGAGUCGUAGAUGUUUUCAUGCUAACAGAAAGCUGAGCCUUAUAGAAACAACUAAAAUUGCUAAAUAUCAUAUGCAACUCUACUUGUAACAGAGCACUUCUAUAAACACAAUAAAUCUCAACAUUUCAGCAGCAUUUUACUGUCAUGUUAUGAGCCAAGCUGGUUGUAAGUUUACAGCCUGUCAGAGCUGCUAGCUGAUGUUAAGUUGUAGUUUUGUGUUUUUGUCACUCAUAUGGGGGUGUUUCUUUAAAAAAAUGUCCUUAUGUCCAACUUUCUCCUCAAACAGAUCCUCUACUCCCUACAUAUUUUGCUCCAACCAUGGACAUGGAUCCAUCUCCACCCUCCUUUACCAACUACUUCCUCCCUGGAUCUGAUAGUCCGCUACCAGGCGCUGAGACGACAACCUCUAGCUCUGGCUCGCCUCGCUUCCUCGGCCACAGGCUGAAUGAAAACCUCAUCCCCAUCUACUGCUCCAUCCUGGCUGCUGUGGUGGUGGGCUUCAUAGCCUACAUUGUUUUUAAGAGGUCAGUAGAAAGGACUGAGAAGAAAAGCUGCUUUGUGGUUUAGGACAUUAGCACAAUUGGGUUUGCACCUCUGCUACAAUAUAAUGUGGGACGAAGAGGGUGAACACUGGUAGACAGACAUUGUGGUGCGAUGAGUGGCGUUGGAUAGACGUUGCCUCAGGCUAAAAUAAAUGGGCCUAAGGUGGCGCCUGAUACAAUCAGGCUGGCUGCGUUCAGAGAAAUUUGACCCACUUCUAGAAAAUGUCCCCACUUGAAUACACUACGAUGAGUUUUUCUGAAAAACACAAACACUUAACACUUCAGAGCUUCACACUCAGACACACAUAUAUAUACAGACUAACACAUUCACACAUGCAAGCACUCAUCCAGACAGAUACAAGCCGUGGCAAAAACCCAUUUGGAAGAAGUAAACAGGCUCAUUAGUGGCUCUGCUGAUUGUUCAAGAAGUGCCAACUGGGGCAAACUCAAGAGCCAGAUUUUGAUGCAGAGUCACGCACACAUCUGGCUGUGUCUUCUGUACUGAUUGUCAUGUAUACAGAUAACAAAUAAUGUGAAGUUCUGUAACCCCUAACAUUUUAUAAAUAACACUUCAGGUUGUUUACUUUGCUGUAGUGCUCAAUGGCUCAUGCAUAUUUGAACCAUUCAUUUACCCGUUUAUCUUUUGUGAAACAAAUCUCAUUACAGUUAUCAGUUCAGUUAACGUUCAUGGGCUGACAGCUAUUGCAGUUUACAAAAACAUGUGAAAUAAUGUGAAAUCUCGCCAAAUUUCAAUAGCAGAAAGUAAACAAAAGAAAGUUCUCACAGUAUAAUGUUAGGCCUAGCUAAGUUUAGCAUAGCAGUUAAGCUAACUGGUCAGAUCACGAUUCAUUUCCUUCUUUCUUUCGUUCAGGUGGAACAGCUGCAAGCAGAACAAACAGGCAGCCAACAACCGCGCGGCUACAAACAACCAGAUGGUGACACCAGAGGGAGAGAAGCUGCACAGUGACAGCGGCAUCUCGGUUGAUAGUCAGAGUCUGCAGGAGCAGCAGCAGCAGCAACAGCAGGCCCAGGCUGAAGUCCAGGCUCAGCCUGCACACUCUCACGCACCGGAACAGAUAGGUAAGCCUAAAAAUCCCUUUCCCGAUGUCUUUGAACAACAUCUUUACAUAGCAUGUAGUAGCUCUUCCUGACUGAAUAUUCAUCACAGAAACUCUUACCUGACUUGAGGCACUCAUCCAGGUUCAAACACAUUUCUCUUUCCCUCUGUGGGGUUGCAGCUGCCACAGAAAAUCCUUAUCGAUUACUCCAAGACCCCAUGCUCAGACUCUGAGACCAUGUGUGGUGGUUUCUCAGCUUUGAGCAAGCAUUUUUCUUAACUGUGGUUUUGGAUCAAAGAUAACUCAUCACCUGAGAGCAUGACAAGCACUGAGUUGCCAGAGCAGGUACAAUGGGAAAGACCCAAACUCCAGGAGUGUUGAGAUUAUUAUGGUCAGACCCUGGAAGUGAGGCUGUCUGUGGCCUAAUUUGAGUUGGUAAGUUAAACCAUCAGUACGAAGCUGAAGAAUUCAGUGAUAACAGCUAUUUGAAACACUUUCUAUCUUAGCCAGUGUUUCCCCCACAUCGACUUUAUUUGGGUAGCCUGCCCAAGAAGAUUGACACCCACCCAAGAAGAUGUAAAUAGAUUAAUAAUAAUAAAAAAAAAAAAUUGUGGUCAGACGGACACACAGGGCUCUAUUUUCAUGCCUCGCCGCAGACGUGCCGCAGGUGCAGCGUAAGUCAGGUCCAACGCGCCGACAAGGCGUUCCCAAGCACAAUUUGGUAUUUUGGUGAGCGGUGCAGCCCGGCUUAAGUAUCCCCCCUCCCUAACUCAGCUCCUCCUUGCGGUGUAAGUCAUAGCGAGUCCACUCAGUCCACGAAAAUACCAAACUGGCUGUAUGCUGGGCUCCGCCAGAUUAAAAUCUCACUGUGCGGGGUCUGCCACCCUCCGCCGCCUCACCAGCAGACACGAAAAUAGAGCCCACAGACAGCAGGGUUUCCUCCAGACAAACGCGGCGCAGCGCAGGACACACUGGUGAAUAUGCAGAAGCGCACCCAAACUGUUGCACUCCGGCUAUACUACACUACACUACACUACACUAGAUACACUGCAGACAGAAACUGUCAGCUUUAUAAAUAGCUUUUUUUUUUCCAUUUUUCCUUUGGGUUGUUUGUUAACAAAGCAACACUCUGUAGCAGUCUAAAGUUGCCAUGUACUUUGAAUUUAAAACAGCACAUAUUAAUUUCUGCAUUUGUUGUCUAUUUAUCAGUAAUACAGUAAAAAUGAGAGGGAAUGUGAAUUUUUUUGCCUUGCAAGUCAGGUUACAGCGUGCACCCCUUAAAUUUCUGCUUGUGCUCCCAAAAUUUUUAGGUAGGAGGAACUGUGCUCUUAGCAAAACAAGUUAGUGUGGAGCCCUGUAUGUGCAAUAAAUAAGGCAUAGUUCAUAAACCUUUGUUUGACUAGAUUAUUUUGAAUGCACUUAUCAAACAAAACGGCACCGCCCAGCCCACCACCAAAAGUAAAUUCUCAACCUCAGGGAAACAAUGUAAGCUUUCAUCACAUUUCAGAACUGCAAUGCAAUAGGAAUGUAUGUAACUGCAUGUGUUUGAUCUAUAUUUACAACUCUAACUACUCCUCUGUAUUUAAAUGUGUUUCACUUUUUCUCACUCAGAAAGUAUUUUAGUUGAAUGGCUGUGAGGUAGACUUAAGUCAUGCAUGCGAGACAAAAUCGAAAAGGUUUUGUGGGAUUAACUCAAGAGAUCAUGUCUGGCUUGGAGGGAUAAAACCAACAUUAUGCGCUUCUGAUCUAUUAUAAAGCAAUUUGCAGUCUCCUUUUAUUCACUUCACUCUGUGCAGUGCAUUAAGAGGGAGAAACUGUUUGGUUUGAAGGACUUUUUACAAAAGUUUUCUGCAGCUGCAAUAGAACAAAAAUUAGCCUACACUACUUUCAGAUCAUUUUUCAAACAUCCUCAUUAGAAGAAUAUCACAAUCGUCAACAAAUUCAAUGUGCGCACCAUAACUUGACAUAAAUAGGCAAAUAUAAAUCUUAAAAAUAAGCCCCGAAUAUCUGUGCGUGUGUUUCAAAGAGUAGAUCAUUUAUAUAAAAGGCUGAUCACUGCAGUCUGCAGGAAAUGUUGCUCAAACUGGAAAACUUUUAACAUUUAAUGGGGACUCCAGGGAAUUCAUAUAGAGUUGUUUUUGUCUCAUUGUUGGACUUUUUGAGUGGUUGUAACUCUUAUCAAUAAUACUGCAUAUUACUGCUCUGCCCAAUAUCACUUCCUUUAGAUACUUGAGUCACACUAUAACACAAGAAAUGAUGCUUUUUAUUCAGAGUGAGAAUUUGUCAGGGAGGAUAACCUUUAAACAGCUCGGAGAAUAAAAGCAGGUGCUGCAGAAAAGAGAUGUGACCUCUGCAAAGAGGUCUACCUUCCUUUAAUACUCCAACAGCACUUGUAUAUUAAAGAGAUGAAACCUGAGUUCUGAAUCAAUCUUUACUGAAACCUGAGAGGCUUUUUACCUGAAGAUGAAGUCUGAAGUUCAAACACGAUCUUGUUAGUCAUUCAGACAUUCCUGCCUCCCCUCUCUGAGUAUCUCAUAUAUUUUCCUUGUGGUUUUAUGGUGAAAUGAAGCUAAGCCCCAAAAAUGGUUUUACGAGGAUAAUGAUGUGCUUACAAGCCGAAGAGCUGAUAAUUCCUUCCUCAAACAAUCCCCACCACUGUGUCUUUUUUUGGGAUAGCCAUUACAUUCUAAUGAGGCUUGGGAAAAGCUGAUUUUGUUUUGUGUUCAGUUUGAGCCCAUUCUUCCUCUCAACAAAUGCAAACCCCUCUGCAUGCUGAAGAAAAGAAGGAAUUUCUUUUGGAGAAACAGCUCAAUGAGAAGAUGACUGCACAGUUAACCCUGUCGCCUCUUCAACUGAUUGGCUCAUUAGCAGGUGUUAUGAGACGGGAACCAGGCUUGGUCCUGCUGCCUUUCAAAACCUGAUCCAGCAUCAGUAUUUAGGACGCGCUAAUUGGCAUUAGCACCGUCUAUGGGUGCGGAAGCUGUUAAAAAGGCAGCAAACGGUCUCGUGCUGGGGAACACCAGUUCCAACUUGGUGUGUUAAAAUACACAAGAGGGUGAGAAUAUGCACCAUAAAUCCACGAUAAUCGCGGGGGGCUUCCUGUUUCCAAUGAACCAUUUUUUACUGAGGACUAAAAUAAUGGGAACAUGGGUCAAAUAAGCCUUUUAAAGAGAACUAGAGCAGGGAAAAAGUCUCAUGUUUUGAAUGACAACACUCAGAGAGGGUAUUCCCUGCAUGAGUCACCACUGCAGGGUAAGAGCGUCUACUUUUACAGCGCUCAGCCUCAUUUCUGUCUGCUCAUCUCCAUUAAAAAGAACGGUCUAUCUAUGCAGCACUUCUCUUCCCUGCCCCCCUAAAGCCUCUUUUGCAGCCUGCUUCUUCCCCCUCUGAGUCGUGCAUAUUGAAUGUGUUUAAAAUUUAAACAAAACUCUAAGCCACCCAUCCCUGCCCUGUAUUUGACCUCACAGUCAACACAAAAGAUAUGCCAAAGCAAAUUUGACUUCAAAAAUCAGCUAAAAAUGGUGCAGCAGCAGAUGAUCAGCUGAGUAUUUCAAACACAGGUGGAUUUUUAUCAUCAGCAGUUUUUCUUCCAAUAGCAACAGAUACCCUGAGCGAGAGUGACCUUGUUUUAGCUCUACAACCAACUAUUGAGGGAUUCCUGCUCAGUUUUGCUGAGUGCUUGUAAUGCUGGUCUACAGCCUGAGGGAUCUAUGGGGGGUUUAACAGAACACAGUCCCCAUGUGCAGUGUUAUCUACAAGCAAAUUACAGUAAUAAUGUUGCUGAGUCACACAUCCAAUCAUCAUCGUAAUUUCAGUGAUAUUAGAUGGGUGACUCAUGAUUUGUUGCCUCCACACACAUCAGGGAGUUUUGGAAACACAAUAACAUCACCCAUCAGUAUUCUUUUGGUUUUUGUUUUUGGCCCUAUAGGGGCCAUAAAACCAGAUUUAGAUUUUAUUAAGUCCAUUUCAACUUUAAGAGACAUGAAAUAUUGAGGAAAAGGAACCAAACACACUUAGAGUACAGCACCUCAUUCAGACAACAAAGUUUAUUGCAGUAGUAAAUCAGUGUUUGUGUUUGACAUCCAGACUUUCUAUCCUUAUCACUUUUAAACACAGAAAACUGAGGAGUGCUAAGAUUAUAUCUGAAACCCCCUAUACCUGUAGCCUGCAGGUUUCGAUGGAAGCUGUGUAGAUGGUGGUGCUGGAAAUUAAAGGGAUGUCCUGGCGUAAAAUAAGUUAUGGUCAAACACAACUGUAACACCAAGUUAGACACCUCCUUGAGAGAUGAAUGUUGCCGACCACUUGCUUCUCUAGUUAUACCAACUUCAGCAAAGACUGCACGAUAGCAAUACACAGCAGUCUAUGGCCAUAGUACUGGCCACCCAACAUCUUUUUAGCUUUGCCUGGUUUCUUUAGCAAAGAGACCAAACACAACUCACCUACUCUCUUCCAGCAGCCGCUUUUUGUGGGGAAGCCCUGACGAGUCGAUCACCAAGUGCAGUGGAAAAUUUACGAUUAUUACUUCAUGUAAAUGCAAUCAGACCGAGAUGCUAAGGCAGAAGAACUACCACGUCUGCAGUGCAAAGUGAUUAUGAUGAUUAUUUCUUUAUGGAAAUGAUCCACUGCACUCGGUGAUCGACCCGUCAGGGCUCCCCCACAAACAAGCGGGUUCUGGAGGAGAGUGGGUGAGUUGUGUUUAGUCUCUUUGCUAAAGAAAUCAGGCAAAGCUAAAAAGAUGUUUGGUGGCUAGUACUGUGGCUGGGACCCUAUAUGUACUGUUGAUGAAGUUAGGUCCUGUUCUGAGCAUUAUUUGUGGCUUUUUGGUUGAGAUGUGAACAUGGAGAGGUAGACCGCUGUGUAUUGCUAUUGUGCGGCAACAUUCAUCUCGAGAGGGGGUGUCUAACUCAGUGUUACAGUGUGUUUGACCCUUAUUUAAUUUUACGCCGGGAUAUCCCUUUAACUUCCAGCACAGGUGAUGGUAAAGUGGAGGGAGCAAUUACACAGCUUGUAGACUUAUCCUGAACAUGUGCAUGGAGUCAUCAUACUAAGUUAUCAUAAAAGGCCUAAACGGAGGCCAACAGGGAAGAAACACUCUAAAAGAAAUAAUCUGAGAUUAAGAAAACCAAAGCUGUUUUGAGUUUGGUGGUAACUGCUGAGUUUGUAUGGGAUUUCAACACAAUGAUUAAUUGAUAAUUAAUAUAAGACUAAACAAAUUUCUAAGUACUCUAAAAAAAAAGAAAAAUGGAAAAACCUGCACACAGAGUUGGUGCUCAAGUUGGAGGGAGGUCUUACCUUACCCUCUUAUCUGUCAGAUACUAUGAUUAUAUUUUGCAUAUUUGUACACCACAGCCAAGAGUUUAAAAGAUCGCUGUAAAGCUUUCCGUACUCAAGUCACAAUCAGCAGUUAAGGGAGCUGGAUGAUGGCUUAGGGUUCAAUCAGUGUUGCCUGAGUGUGCUGAAUAAAAAGAGAGAAGAAGAAGAAGAAGAAGAAAGAAGUCGGUAACAAAGCUCUGCUGUGAUUGGGAGUUCACAUUUCAGUGGAUUGAAUUGAUCCAGGGAAAGACAGCUUGUAUUGAUUUUUCCCAAUGCGACUGGACUCUAUAAAACAUUGAAUAUCCAUGUGGUCAUUGUUAUCCAUGCUGCUUUUGCAAUGAGGUGCAAUAGUAGCUGGGAAACAGCUGCACUGAGGUAGAAGAAUAGGUGCAAAUCACUGCGCUUAUGUCUGCACAUUUGUUUCUUACAGAUGUCUUUGCACUGUCUCUGCUCUUUGUCUCAGAUGAAGCCUGUAGAGUAUCUGUUGAAAUAGGAAAGAUGAGGAGAAAGCUCUUGGGACUGUGGCCUUCUCUGGGUAGUCAAUCUAUACAGGGUCAUGGACAUCCAAGUGUAAUUUAUAGCAGAAAAAUGUGGAAAAUAUAAAUUUUUGGAUGGUGAAAGGAAGGAAAUUAGAGAUGGCUGGUUGGGGGUGGUUAUGGCGUCACAAGCAGACAAAAGAAUCCCCAUUUCUAAGGCUUUAAAAUAAACUCUCUUGUACUAUGCUCCCCUGGCACAAGGACGCAUUUAUAAAGGCGAGAAUACACCCACCAAACUUGGGGGUCCUCUGUGAAACGCCUCUGCAUUCCCUCAGUGUUUCCAUGGAUGCCGUCAAUUGAAAACAGGUUAAGAGGUUUGUGGGAAAAGAGAGCGUUUGUCUCCCAUCCUCAUCCGCCUAAUGACUCCAGUUGAACAGGUUUAGAUGAGUGGGUGACACCACAGGGCCCCCUGCAGGGAAAAAAGUGAUCAUCAGGGUUUGUUUUUUCUUUUUUUUGUCCAUCAAGGACAACUUAGAGUAUAUUGGCAUUUGUCUAGAUAGGAAGUUAUGAUCUUUGUGAUGCAUAAAAAGAUUUUAAGGUGUCCUUGUGGGCAUAUGCAACAGGUUAAAGUGAAAAGAAAUCACCCUUGGUUGAUUGAAAUAUCACCACAAAUCACCUGUCUGUUCUCUCUCUCUCUCUCUCUCUCUUUCUGCAGUGGUGAGGGUUGAUGGUGGUGCCCAGCCUGACACACCUCCCCCUGAAGUCUGAGGAGGACCAGGAUAAAACGUCAGAGAUGAAAAAAAAAAAGGAGAGAAGAGUUGGGACUUGAAAGUGGACCAAAAACUUUAGCAUGGGGGGGCCACAUGGGAAUGUAAAACUGACUCCAGUUCAUAUCCGAAGUGGCCACAGUGCAAAGACUUCAACUUUAAAGAGUCUCCCAGCACCUUUGGGCCAGUCUGACUCUUCAUCCCUGCACACAGUCCAAAUCUCCCCGUCAGUGUGCCUGGACAGGAACUGUAGGGCAAUAUCAACCACUAUCUGUACCAAUUACACAGCAGAUACAUAAUCACACAAAAUGCCAGUACAUCUUAUAGUGAAAAAACAAUUCAGAUAUCUAAUAUUCACACUAACUGCCAAUUUAGCUUCCCCAAGCCCUCCGUAAUCGUACUAUUUUCCCUCUAAAUCCACGAUCACUAGCCAUGAAACGUAUGUGCCUGAAAUGGAAAUAGGCAGACAGGUUCUCCAUGAUCUCCCCUUUCUUUUCUCUCUCUUCAAAGAGACCUUUGUAUCGUCCUCUGUGGCAUCCCACUCUCUGAUAAUCCUCCGUCUCCCUCUGUAGGAGUUGCUCCAUUAGACCCCCGAUGCAAAAAGCAGCGGGGGAGCCGUGAGUCACUUCCAACUUCUUCUGAAGUUUCUUGUUCUUUUUUAUCAUUUAACCAUGGACGCAUUUCAUGGCAUGUUGUCUUGUGAAGUAUUUGCGUCAUUGUUUAGAAUGACAGCUCUGGCUGAUGCGAGUGACUCAUAUCUAGGAAGAAAGGUCAAUCGCUGCACAGCCCUCUUGGUAAUCAACUAUUUAUUUCUCUUUUUCCUGCACUCUGUAUCCUCUCUCUGACACAGACCCUUCACUGCGCCUCGAGGGAUUGUAUUUCAGUAAUUUCAUGCUUGUAAUGUAACACACCAGAAUGUUUGGCUCCUGUUUGAGGUGCAUCACUUUCAUAUUGAGGCUAGGGUUACACGGCUGAUUCAGCAGUGUGCUUCCUAGCUUCUCUAUGGAGCCUGGAUGUGCAACAUGAGAGAAGCAUCUCCUGGGCUAUGGAGCUUUGCUGAGUCAAUGUGGUGGGCCGACUUCUCUGGGUAUGACAUCAUCGGUGUCCCAGCAUACGCAGCUGCUAAAUAAGCUGGAGCUUUGAUGAACUUGAUGCACAGAACGUGUGCAAAAAGGAGCCCCAUCUGUCAUUGCUUGCACUUGCUGUGUGAGAAAUUGGGACACCCCCUCAGAGGCAAACUCUUCACUACCCCCUUCCCGGUGACAGCCCCACCCUCUUCAUACUCAGAGUAACAGUCCUCCACACAGCUCUGAUAGAGCCUGAUAAACAGUUCUGAGGCGCUAAUGCACCAGCCGUGAUGCUUCCGUCGACACAGGGCCCAUUAAGGAGACGUCCUGACAGACAGGUAGUAAUUACCUCAGGGUUUCAGCUUCUUUACCCUCUGCUCUUCUUGGCUUAGCCACCUCUCACUGCAAGUAAUGCUGUGGUCAACAGAGGGCUGACAAGGUCCCUCUUUAAAGCCACAACAUGACAUUGCUGAUCCCUUAACCAAGCCCCGGGCCGGUGACAGUUACUAUAUCGCCAUGGUGAUAUAAAAGCACUUAGAAGAAUGGCUGGGUGGCACUUUUUAUCACACAGAACCACUUUUCUUUUGACCCCCCUGCUGCUUGCAGUAACUGUUAAAGCAGUAGAUAGAGAUAUCUUGUAUAGAAGUGUACUGGAGUUAAGCUUGACUGCACUGCUUUAGCAUCCAUUUCUACAGGGGCACGUACUCUCUCAGGGUCCCUCUUGUUGUGGUAGGACGUGAAAUUAGAGUAUUUCUUUAAACGUCCCGUAGCUUAGGUAGGUAGACAGGUACAGCUGAUCUGUAAAAAAACAGAAACAUGUAAAAAGAUAUGAGCUGAUGUGUGUAAAUGCUGUUUCUAGCAUGAAUUAGGCUCUGAUGGGUUUGAGAGUUUAAAUUAUGAAGAUUUUCUUGAUCAUGAACUUGCCUGCAGCUAAAUGAGAAGCUGCAAAUUAGGCUGAGAAGGAAACAAAUAUACAGGAGUUUUAAAAACUGCAAUCCCUUAAAUGGCCACCAAAGGCUGGCUCAAAGUGAGUCAAUCUCUGGGCAUAAAUGUAUGAGUACUCAACAGCAGAAUUACUCAAGACUCAAGACAACGUUAUUAAUCAAGAAUUAGACAUGUUUACAACCUGGUAUAAGAAUAAAUGUGGUGAACUCAUUGCUAAUGAACUGUAUCUCGGCCAACAUUUAGCUUCAGUGUGACCACUUUUAACUACAGAAAAUCAAAUUUCACAUGUUGAGAUGUUUACAGAUAGGAUUAUCAAACCCAAAGCAAGUGGUACCAAUCUCUUAGUGUAACCCAUGGCUUAUCAGACAGAGUUCAGUGAGUCAUUGUGUCCUGUGUGAUACUGCAUGGACGGAUGAGAUUGUCACCAAUAUCUCAAGAUGACUUGACUUCCUGGGCUCCUCACUUUGUGAUUCAUCCUCUUUUGCCGCAGCACUCUGAAAGGAAACAAACGAAAAGCUGCUGCAUUUUGCUCACAGCUCUUUAGUUGAUGUGGGCAUGUGGUGUGGACAUGUGACCACACACACACACACACACACACAGUGAAAGUGUAUGAUUCACUUCUCUAUUGAGAGAGUUGGUAUGAUUCAUCCUGAUCCCGGCUGUGGCUCUGACAUUAAAGCAGACGCUGCUACAGUAAGAGUGACCAGAGUGUUGAUUAAGAGUAAAAAAAAACACCCUCCCCAAAUCCGUCCACCCCUGAGGUCCAAUCAGCCCUUUGGCGACACACUCUUCCACCCUCAUCCAACUUCUUUUCUUCCUCCAGCAUCGACUAAAGUGAGACACAAUAUAAGAGAAUGUACAACCCAAAAAUAAACAGAAAUAUGCAAGACACAUUCAAGGUUAAGAUUUGCAUUUGCCCUCAUUCCGUUUUUGUAAAUUGUUUUGUCUUUACAUUUGCUUGUUAGUUUAUAUUUUCAAUAGUGUAACACCUUUGGAAACAGUAUUUUUUCUAACAAAUAUAUUAUUUUGUAGCACUUAUUAGAUGUUAAAUGAAUGCACUCAAAGAGUGUACUACAGUUCAAGUGCCUGUGUACAGUGUCAGGUGUUUUUUUGUUUGUUUGUUUGUUUGUUUGUUUUCCAUUUAUUUUAUGAUUUUUUUUGGAGCAUUUUUUUGAUUUUUAAGAGCUAAUGAAGGUUUUUGGUAAACAGCGACAUAAUUAUUUGUUCAUGUUGGAGACUCAAGCAAACUGUAAAAACUUGGCACCAUAAGACUUACGAUACAAACAGGUUGCCAGUGGAUACAUACUGUAUGUUAACAUGCUAUAAAUACUGGCGACUGAUAGGGUCAUGUAGCAUAAUAAAUAACAUACAUGUCAGCUACUUUAAAACUCACAUAUGCUAUUAGUCAAUAGAAACCAGCUCUGUGCUGAGGUUUUGCAUGUAUAGAAGGUCUCAUCAUGUGCCUCCAUUGAGAGGCCACUGGACAUGUAACAUGAAGUCUGUGGGAAGGUUCACUGUGAUUCUCUCCUAUUGUUACAGACUUGAUACAGACAGUUCAGGACCUGCUCCCAAAACAGCUGAAUGUCACCUGUACUUACCUACUAAUGUUAAAUGCAUUGUGUAAAUGUGAAUUUCUUAGAGUUGAUACAAGAUACAAAAAUACAUUAUAAAAUGUACAAAAAAAACAAACGUGUGCAAAUGAAGCAUCUAUAAUACAAUAAACAAAGAUGACAUUGCA